UUUUAGUCUUCUUUGUAUAUCGAGAGUGAGUAAAGUUGGUCUUGUCUGGCACCCCAAACGAAGCCUCGAGUUCUCUUUCAGGAGCAAACUUUGGGUAACCUUCGCGCAGACACAGUAGAAGAUUUUAUACACGUUAACAUUUUUUUCAAAAACGAUGAUUUGCCGGUAAAACGACGUCAGUUACAGAUUUGAAUAGUCAAUUCCACCGUAAAUCUUCAGCUUAGCAGCGAAACAUUUUGUAGUAUUUGUUUUAUUAAUCUAAACGAAACAUUCUGUCUUGCGAAUUCGCAUAAUUCAGAUUUCAAGAUUAGAUUAGGGCCUUUUUCUUUUUGCUUCAUUUUGGAGUGCCUUUUGUUUUUUUUUCUGGUGUCAAAUGAUCGUUUCCACCGGAGAAAAAGUCCGAUCAGAAUGAUACAGGCGGUGAUUUCUGGAAGCUCCGCUUAUCUCAGAGCUCUUACUCAGGAAAUCGAGAAGAAACUCCAACGAGCAUUAGCUUCGGCACCGCAAAGGCGGAAUUUGUUGCAGGAGUUGUUUGCGGAUAUAGCUUUAGAAGUAGAUGAUCGAGCGAGAGAUAUCAUUUUCAGGAGGGAAGAUGUAAGUUCAGUAGCAGAAGACUAUACCGAAGGCCCUAUAUGCUUUUACAAUGUCUUGGCUGAUUAUUUUGUUUGCAUGCCUCAAAAUGGGAAGCCAAUUUUAGAUUUGAUUGUUCAACUUUGGAGCCAGUCAUUUGCAUCUAAUAUUUUUACCCUUUUGUUCCACAAGUGGCUAUUUGAGGUUCAACUUGAGAAUCCUGAAACUCUUCUUCGUUACUCAUCUGCUCUUGUUCAGGGUGCAACAAAUGUCUUCUGGAUUGACAUCCAAUCAAACACCAGGCGUUUUCAAAGUCUCUUUUGGUAUCUUCUGGAGGAUGUUGCACUUGUUCCUGAGCGGUUGAAGAAGAUCCCCUUACAGGCCCAACGUGAUCUAUUUCUUCUCCUUUCAAGGUUUAUAUUCUUCUACAAUGCAGCUGAAAAGCUAGAAAGCUUCUUAAAGCAAUUUCCUGAUAUGCCAAAUGCAUUUUUAAUUGGUGGACCAGCAGAUGUUUUUGUCACUGAAAUAGCUGAUCUGCUUCUUAAAUUGAAGGUUGAGCCGGCACUGCUACAUUAUCUUUCCCAGAUUAAGGUUCUCCAGGGUCUAGAACUAAGAAUGACAACAAGUACAAGGUUGAAGACCUGCUUGUAUAGCUUCACUUCUCCUGGUGGUCCAACAUAUCCAACUAGAGCCGUUCGUCAUGCAGCUUGGGAUGCCUUAGAUGUGCUUUUCCCUGUGGGCAGAUAUCUUCGGCAUCUCAUAAGCCUGUUUUUCCGGUUAUUGUAUCCAUGUUAUUGGCCCUCCUCUUGUUGGAAUUUUAUCGUUUCAUGCGUACAAGGCAUAUUUUACUCUCUUCUGCGGUUGAUAUUUUCUAGUUGGGAUAAGCUGAAUAAAGAAAACCAAGAAUAGAGGUAUACAGCAGUUUUUUGCAAUCUCCUGUAAGUUAUUCAUUUGUGACUAGUUUGGAAUUGCGCUUUAUUUUUGUCAGCAAAUACUUCCAUAACUAUUUCCUCAUUCUUGGAUUAUGUACGUUUCUGCUCCAGGAGAAUUAGCGGGCUUCUGCAUCCUGUCUUAGUUUGCAAAACUGAAAUUCCAUUUUGUACACAGAGCUUGUCUUUUUCCGUUUA